CUGGACCUGAUUAUAUGUGGUGUUUAGGCAGGAGAUUUAUUAUGAUCCUUCAACUCUUUCUUCUCUUUGUUCACAUCUCAUUCGAUUCAUCCUCUUUGGCCUUGUCUUGUUAUCAUUCCUUAUAUUUACCUUUAUUUUUAUUCCUGUCGGUCGGCGGUCCAGCCGACAAUACUAAAUCCUUAGCGUCCCGAACAUCGGUUGUUUGGGUUACCCCGUCACCGUCACCACUUAGCACUUACUCGGUGGGACAUAAACAUUUCCAUUCCACCGUCAUCGUUGUUUUCCUCGACUUCAACACCGGUCGCUUUUGCAGAGAACACUACGAUUUUUCCCAGCGUAACAGCGCAAGCCUCGUGCAUCACUUCGACAUCGUCACGGACAUCUAAAAACCAGCACAGCCUCGCUUCUCGAAUAGGACGUGCCCCUUAGGCACUACACGACACCACCUCUCGGUCCUCCAUAUCAUCCCAAAAACGUCACCAAAAUGAAGUUAGCUAAGCCGUCGUUCAACCCCGGGCGGACGAAAAAUAUCAUCCAUGGCGUGCAGGCACUCGCCAUCUUCCUGGCGUGGGCCUUGACCAUCGCGGUGUUCACAAAGGGUGGGGGUAUUGACGGACGGUCAGCUUGGUACUUUGCCUUGUGCUGGUUCAGUGUCCCCGGUUUGAUUUAUCUAGUCGCCGUGCCCAUGUGGCCUCGUGCACGCCGGUUCGGAAACGUUUACGCCUUUGCUACCGUCGACUGUCUCUACGCUCUAUUGUGGUUUACCGCUUGGAUUUGCAUUGCCAGCUAUGUCGCUCAAGGCAAGUCGGAGGGGAAGGACACUGCCGACGAUAAGAAGGACAAGGACAAGACUACGAGAGCCGAAAACAAAGAUUCCAAGGAAAGCAAUAAGAGUGGUUGCGAUAACUGGAAGUAUGGAAGUGCGAGUAAAUGCAACAUUAGCACGGCUACUUGCAUUCUUGGAGUUGCUAUCUUCCUGCUCUUCGCCCUUACCGCGUGGAUGUCCUUCCGCAACGUCAUGCACUUCCGCCGAACGGGUACGCUUCCCGACGCCGUCUCGGAUCCUACCUUUGCCGCCCAGAGCAAGGCCGCGUUCUCCUCCAACCCGGCCCACGACUUCGAGGAAGAGGAUGACUUCCGCUCAGGCCGACAGGGAGUGGGCUCGUCCAUGGCCGGCGACCGCGACGAAGACUACGCCCUGUUGCAGCAGAACGAGGCGGACGACCUGGCCAGCUCGCACGGGCGCACAGCCAUGCACGGCUCCUACGAUCCCACCGCCUCCAGCGGCGGUAGCGUCCUCCACGACUUCAACGCCACCGGCUACGGCGGCGCCCACGGGCAACACUACGCGCCGCCGGCGGACAUCUACACCCCCAGUGACUACGGGCCACCGACCGACUACGGAUCGAGUGUGCGUGGUGGCUACGGGCGGUAAAGCGGGACUUUUCUGGAAAAUUGAGAUACCUUGGCAAACCCUUGGAAUGGCCAUGGAGCGGUGUUUGCAGGCGCAUGUUCUGUAUUAUCUUUGUAUUCUUGACUGUCGUUGAAAAGCCAGCUCUGCAGGUUGCGUUUCGUAUGGCCUCUUUUCCUUUCCUUCUUUUCUCGUUUUCUUUGGCCACUGUCUGCUGCUUUUCUGUGAUCCUUGUAGGAAUGAAGCCUUGGGCCAUGUCUACAUUGACGAAUUAACGAAUGUCCAUGUUGUGUGUGAUAGAUGUAUA